UUAUAUGUCACAACACAAAAGAAAUAAUCAAACCAGGGAAGACAUGUUUGGACCUGGAGGCAGUAAAUCAAAAUGAUAAAAUAUUACAGACGGCAAAGGAGGGAAUUAGUUUUUUGAAUUACUAUUUCAAUGACGCCGUUUGCUGUCAUUAUAUAUACCAGAGAGACGUAAAAAACAACAACAACAACAACAAUCAAGUUUCUGAAAAAUGCGAUAUUUCCGUUUGGUUCUUCCUUUAUACUGGAAUUGUAGCAUUUAUCAUACUCAUUGUACAAGCUAUAUGUAUUUAUAAUAUACGAAAGAAAAACCAAGUAUUACAGGACCAGAAACGUUUACUUCAAGGAAGUAUAAAAAAGAAAAAUGAUGUAGAAACAUCGAACAAAUUCAAUAAUAAAUACAGACAUCUCAAACAUACACAUGAAACGCAAAUUCCGGUUAGAUCAAAUCUUCCCUAUCAGUCUAAUAUGAAACAAGACAGAGAGAACAGUAACAUAUAUCAUUCUGUAGACAAUUUGCAUAUUGCAACACGAGAUCCGUCGCCACCACCUUUUAACCGAAUGAAGGCUGAAAAACAAUAUCAUUGGAGGAUUUCAAAAAGGGAAAUGGAUGUACUACCAAAAAUACCACCACGAGAACCAAUAGAUAUGAAGCCAUACAUUCCCAAACCUGAACAAGCUUUGCCUCCAGUGACUGCUCGUCAACCUAUGCCUGUACCAUUGAUGAAAGAGAAACCACGAACAGAAAAUAGAUCAAUAGCUACAGAGCUAACCUCUGUAUUGAAUAACAGAAGAAUGGCUGAAAACACAGUGCCCAAUCAAAAGCAUAUUCCAUCAAAUCCGGAAAAAAUAAACGUUCCGAAUGUGUUACCAAUGGUAAAAACUACAUUGCCUUCCAUAACGCGCAUACAGCCACCGCAAAUGCCAAAAACCAACCCUCCAAUGCAAAAACUGGCAACAGUGACUAACUCUUUCCGGAGGACACCCAAAGAGCGAGCGCCCACGCCACCACCGUCGUCUCACGAUUCGUCGAAGAAUUCGAAUACGUCUUUUUAUUACAGUAAUGAGACCGAAGACUGGAACUACGAAGAAUUAAAGAAUUAUCCGAUCUAUACUAAUAAAUAA